GCUUUGUUAGUAAAUAAUAAAUCUAUCAUAGUCUUAGAGGUUUUGGUUAUUCUAGUCGGUUGAUCCAUUAGUUGUAUUAAGUUGUGUUUAUCCGUGAUCCGUUUUAAGUUCUUUCUAUUUUGUUUGUCAUUCCAGUUUAUGUUAAAGUCUCCUAAAAUGAUUAGCUCUUUGUUGGAGUCACAGGAAUUCAGCAUGAGUUUUACCUGGUCAUAGAAAUUAAUGAGAACAUUUUGAGUAUGAUUGAUAUUUGGUUGUUCCUUUAUUGGUGUUUCAGAUUCAGAGGCAGUAAGAAAGAGGAGAUUCUGGGGAUCUCAUACAACCGUAUGAUUCGUAUCGACAUGUCCUCUUGUCUGCCUGUCACCACAUGGAGGUUCGCCAACAUGAAGCAGUGGAAUGUGAACUGGGAGAUAAGACAGGUUACCAUAGAGUUCGACCAGAAUGUGUCGAUAGCCUUCUGCUGUUUGAGCUGUGACUGCAAGGUUGUCCACGAGUUCAUCGGCGGCUACAUCUUCCUCUCCACAAGAUCUAAAGACCAGAACGAGACGCUAGACGAAGAACUGUUCCAUAAACUCACCGGAGGCCAAGAAUGAGGAGAGAUACAAGCCUGUUUCUCUUACCUGUUGUUUAUUUACGUGUGGUAUAAUGUGAAAGUAAAGCAUUUAUCUCCUGACGCAAUGGUUACCCUACUAAACAAACCAUUGCAAUAGAAAAUGUAAUACUGUACACUGUAAAUGUAACAUUUUCACUGACAGAACAACAGUAGCAUCAUCAUUUGUAUCAUCAUACAGUCAUAGAAAUGUACCCUGCACUAGAAAAAUAAUGGCGUUGAUGUAAAUAUGUAGUCAAGAUUCUCUCAAACCUGUAUGCGUUGAUAUUUGUAAGAAUUAAGCUUUUUUUUCCAGGUGAAGAGAUUUCCAUUUUUCAGACAGAAAAAAACAUUUUGUAAACAAUCAUUAAAGGGUGUGUUUUUGUAUUUCA